UAGACCAGUCGUACAGACAGUCGGCAGGAGAAUAGUUUUCUCGUCUUAUCUUUUAUGAAAUCCCAACACCACCAGUUCGCCUAGUAACUGUAACUUUCCUUUCUUGAGUAUGCCUCGCCCCGCUCCCACAUUCCUGCGGCGCGCCGCUCCGGCGCCCGUGGCCACCACAGCCGCCGACCAGCUCCUCCCUCCGACGUGCAGCCCCUCCCCGACCUCGCCUCGCUUCCCUGCGGGGUUCCCCUUGCCGCUGUUCGCGCAGUCAGAUCUGGUGGCUUCCCUUUUCCCACAGCUGGCGGGGAUCUCCACGGAUCUGCACGUCUGAGUCGCCGCUCCGCCAUCCGCGGCCCGCGCGGCCGUCCCUAAUGUGCCUACACUGUCCCCCAAGGUCCGCUUUCCCGCCUAUGAUGCUCUGCUGGAAGGCACUCCUCCACCCCCCAUCCAUGAUGGGUCCCGCAUAUAAUGACCAAAAUGCCCAUGCUCCCAGAUUGACCAGGAACGACUCAUCCCCUUCCUCUCGCCGGCAGCAACGCCAGGAGACCGCGGCGGCUACUCGACGGCGAGUCGCGCUCGGUAGUCCUCGACGGCCGAUGGCCAUGGUUUUCCGCGGGGACUACAUCCCGGCGAGUCUGACCGGCGAGCCGGCCACCGCGUUGCCGCUGCAGCUCCUCUGACCACGACUGAAGGGACACGUCGUACACCACGGCGCGGACGGGAUGGGACGACCCUUCCCUUCGCCGCCUCCGACAGCAGCAGCUCGUCCAUGGUGCGGAUUGCAGAAGCCGACGCCGUGCUCGACUCCGUCAGUCCGUCCACCUGCUUGUGCAGGUCGUCCCGCGUAGUCCUCGAGCCGCAUGGCCUCCGCCUCCGUGCACGUAUCCAGCAGCAACGGCCGCCGGCCUUGUACGGCUGCUCCUCCUCUACGCGACGUCAAACUGCACCAUGGAUUAACAGGGCAUGCAGCCACAGAGCCUGCAACUUUCUGUUCUUUUCUUUUUGUAAUGUUCUUAGAGCCCGCAUCUUAAUCCAUCUCUUCUUUGCAUGGAUGGAUGCAUAAGUAUGAGCAACAUGGAGUGAUUCUAAGUUCAGAACAUCAAUUUGGACAAUAGUUAAUUAGUAAUUCCUUA